AUGAACAAUCGCAAACACAAGCGCGGCAACAAUGCGCAUAACGCCAACGGCCACGGCAACGGCAACGGCACCACCUCGGCGCACGAGCUCAACCGUGCAUCCGACAACACGCGCAACUCGAGCGGCAGCGGCACCGUCACACCUCCUCAGCAGAUCAUCUUAGAAAAGCGCAAACGUCCUUCGCUCAAAGGACGACCCAGCUACAGCGUCGCCGCUCCAGGCACUCCCUGGCACGAGCUCGACCUCUCCGAGAUCCCGUUUCUGCAGCAUGACCUGCACGACCUGCCCGUCAAGCGCGGCAUCAUGCGCUACCGCCGCCUCUUCUUCUUCUUUGGUGCCGCGCUCGGCGCAGUCAUCGCCUUCCUCGCUUCGAGAAACGUCCAGAUGGCACAGCACGUCCAGGCGCUGCGCUCGCUCGUCGACGAAUCCAUCGACGGUCUGGGGAUCGACUUUCCCUCGAUCGACAUCGGCAUGCCCAAGGAGUUUGCAGACAUGGGCGAGAACCUCUUCAGCAGAUCCAGAGAGUGGUUCAAGAACAAGGACUUUGGCGUCGGCCGCAGCCUCGGCGCACAGGGAUACUCCGCCGACCAUCCCGUCAUCCUCAUCCCCGGCAUCGUCAGCACCGGUCUCGAAAGCUGGACCACCGACGAGCGCUCCGCAAGCUACUUCCGCAAGCGCCUCUGGGGCACCACCACCAUGAUGCGCACCAUCGUCUUCGAAAAGGACAUGUGGGUGCGCCAUCUCUCGCUCGACCCCACCACCGGCAUCGAUCCACCCGGCAUCCGCGUCCGCGCCGCAGAGGGCCUCGACGCCGCCAGCUUCUUCGCCGCGGGUUACUGGAUCUGGAGCAAGGUCAUCGAGAACCUCGCCGUGCUCGGAUACGACACCAACAACCUCUUCCUCGCCAGCUACGACUGGCGACUCAGCUACUACAACCUCGAGGUGCGCGACCGCUUCUUUACGCGCCUCAAGCUCAAGAUCGAGCAGAACAAGGCGCUGUACGGCAAGAAGACGGUCAUCGUGGCCCAUUCCAUGGGAAGCUCCGUCUUCUUUUACUUUAUGAAGUGGGCCGAGGCAGAGGGCGACUUCUUUGGCAACGGCGGGCCCAAUUGGGUCGAAGAGCACAUCGAGGCGUUUACCUCGAUCGCAGGCACCUUCCUCGGUGUGCCCAAGGCCAUGGCCGUCAUGCUCUCGGGCGAGAUGAGGGACACCGUCGAAGUGCCUCCUGCAGCUGCCUAUCUGCUCGAAAAGUUCUUCAGCCGACGGGAGCGCGCCAAGCUCUUCCGCACCUGGGCGGGCGGCGCGAGCAUGCUCAUCAAGGGCGGCGAAGACAUUUGGGGCAACUCCACCUGGGCUCCCGACGACGAAGAGGGUGCAGAGGAUACACACGGCCACAUCUACAGCUUCCGAAAGCCCGGUACCGACCAGCACGACUUGGACGAGAAUACGGUCAAGAUCAAUCUAACGGCUACCGAGGCGCACAACUUUAUGCUGCAGCAUGCGCCCAGCACGUUCCAGAAGAUGCUCGAGACCAACUACUCGCACGGCAUCGAGCGGGACGAGGCGCAGCUGCAGGCCAACAAUGCCGACCACACAAAGUGGAGCAAUCCGCUCGAAGCACCGCUGCCCAACGCUCCGAGUAUGAAGCUCUACUGCAUCUAUGGCGUGGGCAAGCCUACGGAGCGUUCCUACUGGUAUCAGCAGGGCGAGUUUGUCACCGAAGCAGCGAUCGGAGAGCAGAUGGACGAACCCGGCUGUUUCAACCAGUCGUGUCCGGACGUAUCGCGUACACCGGCACUCAACUUCCCCACGGCAAGGAUGAGUUGGAUCGACCAUCAUGUGCAGAAGGAAGAUGCUCUGCCCAAGGUUCGUUCCGGCUGCAAGAUGGGCGAAGGUGAUGGGACUGUUUCGUUGCUCUCGCUGGGGGCAAUGUGUUCAGAGGGCUGGAAGUACAAGCAGUGGAAUCCGGCCAACAUCAGCGUGGUAACGCACGAGCUUAAACACGAACCAGAAGCAAUGGACCUGCGCGGCGGAGAAUCUACAGGCGACCAUGUUGACAUCCUCGGCGCAAGAGGCGCAAACGAAGCCAUCCUCAAAAUCGCAGCUGGCAGAGGAAGCGAAGUGCAAAACCAGUUCUUCUCCCACAUUGAAAAGUACGCCAGAAACGUAAAGUGGCUCGGAACACAAUCUGGACCCUAG